AGAGAGAGGGAGAGGGAGAGAGGUGGCGUUCUAGCUCGAGAUCAGUCGAGGUGAAGAGCGUCUGUGUGAAUCAAGACCCUGGAAACUUUCAUCCGGUAAAGCGUCGCUCACUUAUAUGGAGGAGACACUCAGCGGAUGACCUCUCGCUGGCUCUGUUGAUGGUGUGUUUGUGAAAGCGGGCCGCUAUGUCCCAGAUGCUUCACGUGGAGAUCCCAAACUUCGGCAGCAUGGUGCUGGGCUCACUGAACGAGCAGCGUUUACUGGGGCAGUACUGCGACGUCUCCAUCCUGGUCAAAGGUCAAGCCUUCAAAGCUCACCGCGCCGUGCUGGCGGCGAGCAGCCUUUAUUUCCGCGACCUGUUCAGCAGCAGCACUAAAGCGCGGUUUGAGCUGCCCUCGUCCGUAACGCCCACGUGUUUCCAGCAGAUCCUCACCUUCUGCUACACGGGCAAGCUCACCAUGGCGGCCAGCGAGCAGCUGGUGGUGAUGUACACUGCCGGUUACCUGCAAAUCCAGCACAUCGUGGAGCGCGGCAUGGACCUGAUGUUCAAAGCCAAUUCACCACACUGCGACUCAGCCACUGCCACCAUGGACGAUCUGGGCUCGGAGCCGCAGAGUCCCAGUAAUAACUCGGGCUCGGUGCUGGGACUGCCGGGCUGGUCGCCCUUGCUGCCAGGCCAGACGCGCAGAAUCAAGCUGGAGGGAUCCGAUCCACUGCUUAACCUCCAGAACAUCAGUGGUGGUAAAAGAGCCUCAAAUGGCGACGGUGGCCGUUCAGCACGGGGCAGCUCUGUGUUCUUCGCCGGGGCCACUGGAGUAUUUCUGCCCGGGGCCGCGCCGUAUCCUGUGGCCACCGGAGAACGCUCCAGUCCAGGAGCGUCCAGCCUUCCGACCACCGACAGUCCGACAUCGUACCAGAACGAGGAUGAGGAGCUUGAGGAAGAGCCCUUUGAUGCUGACGACACCUACAGUCAGCUUUGUGGCCGCUCCGCUAACCCUUACGCAAUUACAGAGAAGCCUGAGAUGCCGUUGAUGCCACUGGCACUGGAGAACCGUUCCUGUGUUCUGAUUCGUCGGGAUCUGGUGGCACUGCCCGCCAGCCUCAUCAGUCAGAUCGGUUAUCGAUGCCACCCAAAACUCUACAAGGAGGGAGACCCCGGAGAGAAACUAGAACUAGUAGGAGGUACAGGUGUGUUCAUGACCAGAGGUCAGCUGAUGAACUGUCACCUGUGUGCUGGUAUCAAACACAAGGUGCUGCUCAGGAGACUGCUUGCUACAUUCUUCGACAGGAACACAUUAGCUAACAGCUGUGGGACAGGCAUAAGAUCUUCAACCAGUGACCCGAGUCGAAAACCACUGGACAGUCGAGUCCUAAAUGCUGUUAAACUCUACUGUCAGAACUUCGCGCCUAACUUUAAGGAGAGCGAGAUGAACGUCAUCGCAGCUGACAUGUGCACAAACGCACGGCGCGUGCGCAAACGCUGGCUGCCCAAGAUCAAGUCCAUGUUGCCUGAUGGUAUGGAGGUGUAUCAGGGCUCUUCUGUGCCUGCAGGUGUGGGUCUGGGCAUGAACGGGCUGCCCCUGGGCAUUCCCCUGCCCUUUGAUAACCUGCUCCAUGCUGGUCUGACUCUGGAACAGCGGCUCUACGCUGAGCGCAAAGAACCAAUGAGAACUCGCGUACCACUGGACGGCGAUGGGGAGGGAGGUGACCCAGAGUCCCAGCCAGAGGAGGAGCCUGACAAGGAGGAGGAGGAGGAGGAAGCUCAGACCGACAGCACGGAUGGGACAUCGGGAGCGGCUCCUUUCAUUCCCGAAGCUGAUGGCAGGGUCACUGUGGCCACGCCCCCUAAAAGGCAGCAGCAGGACGAGUUGUUUGCAGAGGGCCUGAGAUUAAACGGGCAGUGAUUGGUUAGCUCCGCCCUCUAAACUCAAGAAAUGCCCCUUCAGUUCACAUCAUCAUGUGAAUACACACUGAAGACAGUGCUGGUUAAUGGAACGCCAAACACACACAGGCAUCUCGCAUGAAAAACAUAUGCGUGUGGCAUUUCAGUAACCUGCUCAAAAGCGUUAACAUGUUUAGUGAAUUAAAUCAUUUGAGCAGUGGCACAAACGUUGGCCACAUGCUUGAGAGAACAGCAGUCAUGUGGUGUUGUGAUGAAAUGAUGCCAGUGGCACACACAGCAGGUGACCUUCAUUGUGAAACUCAAUCUAACGCUUUUGCAUGUUCCGUUCUUCAGAGCACUUUGGCACAAAUAUAGCACUAGAGUGAAUCUCAACAAAACAUGCCCAGAGUCACAAAACACCCCAGAAUCAAGAGAAAGAAAAUUAGAAUUGGAAUUUUACAAUUAUACUGUAGUUUUUGCAUUGUGUCUCUAUUUUCAUGAAAUUUCUCCCCCAAAUUCUCUUCAAUACAAUGUACUUAGAUGGUGUUCAGGUUUUUUUUUUUUUUUUUUUUCUCAUUAUUCUCAAUGAUGAUUCUGAUUAGACUCUCAAAAUAUCAUUUGAAUACAAUUAUUUUUAUGUAGAAUUAAUUCAUGCAUUUUACAAACAAAUGCAUUUGACAUCUAUAUUGUAAUAAUAAAAAAUGCAUAUUAUAUUAUAAAUAUUAUUAAUACAAUAAUUUAUGUAUUAUUUACAUUAUUUAAAAAAAAUCUAUUUUUUUUACUUUGCAAUUAAAUAUAUCUUUUUUUACAUUAUUUUAUAACAGAUAAAUAAAUACAUAUUAUACUUUUUUAUUGUACUAUACACAUUUUUGUAUUUUGUACUUUACUAUUUAAAUACUUUACUAUUAUCUUUUUUGCAUUGUGACUAUGAGGAUGGAGGUGCUUAAUUUUUAGGAAAAUAAUAUCACAAUGCAAAAAUCCUGCAAAUUGGUUUCAUUUUCUUUAUGUAAAAUAUAACAUUUUUUCUUUCUUUCUUUUGAUUUUGGCUUGAAAAAUGGCAUGUUCUUCAUAAGUUUUAUGAGAUCCACCCACUAUGUAGAGGAAUGACCUAGAGCAUUUGAGAAUUAUUUUUUUUAAAUAAUGGGGGGGGGAACUGUGAAUUGAUACAUGUUUGUGACAGUUAAUUGAGGUUUUUCAUUUCAUGGCAUAUUUCUUACUCAGAUUAUUGGUUUUAUUACAGUAGACUUGAUGACUUUCAUCUUGUUUGCAAGUUUGACUUGUAUAUUUCAGAUCUUCCCUUUCAAAAGCACAAUGCCUGUGUGUGUUUGACAGUCGAAACACUGACAUGCACAUGUGACUUUACCAGUAAACACACGGAUGACAUGAGACUCUCUGACAUUUCACAAACCCUUCAACACAACACACGGUGUAUCUGUAACCGCUAGAAUGAGCGCUCACUUAAACCGCUUGCAUGCAAAAUCAAAUACAGCCACAUUGUAAUCAGCAUCCCCCAAAAAUCAAAAUUAUUAACACUAUUAACUUUUGGAUAGUUUAACUUACAAGGAGUGGCGAUUUUCACAGGCAUCACAGAUCUGGGAGCAGUUUUUAACUGAGUGAUGGGGUUAUAUUUCUGAACAUAAUGAAACUUUGCUAGCUUUAUACAUUUGCACUUAAUGACUUAAAGGAGUUGCCCGGAUCGACUGUUUGAACAAAGUGACUGGAGAACUGUGCUGUGUCCUUCACUCUGAUUGGCCGAUGGUGCUGGCGAAGACCGUUGUCUUGAGCGUGUGGCAAAGUUGCACAGUGACACAAGAGCGAUGUCACCCUUCUGCUGGUGUUUCUGUUCAUAAUUCAUGCCAUGUUUUGUUUUUUUUGCCAUGUGCUUCUGUUCCCUGAAUGUAUUUACGUCACAUAUGAUGCACUAGAUAGGGUACACUAACAGAGUAAAGCCUCACAAUGUUUUAUUUUCUAUUUUGUGACAGUCUUAAAGGUGAGUAAAAGUGGAAUAAUUUGACAAAAAGAGUUGAACUAUUAUAUAAUUGCACUAUUGGGUGAAUCUCACAGAGACACCUCCUGGUCACGUCAUCCUAAAAUCAAAUGAAAGGCAUAAGAAAUGAUAUUCUGCAUAAAGCAAAUGAGGCCGGUUUGCAGGACCAUCAAAUUUAUUUAUCUAUUUUUGAUUCUUUUCUUUUCUAUCUUUUUAUUUUUUAUAUGUUUUUUGCAUUGUGAUUUAAUUUUUUUAAUUACCCUCAUUACCAUAAUGUGGAUGUUUCCUUUUGAGUUUGUAAUUCUCGAUGGUGAUUCACCAUUAGAUUUUCAUUACUGUAAUGAUACAGUAUUUCAUUUUUUUGUAAUACAAUGAUGUUUCUAUUUAAAUCAGAUACAGUAGAAGUACUAUAAAUACUUUACAAUUUAAAUAAUAAAUCAUUUUAUAUCAUAAUAUAAUGAGUAUUUAAUUUAUUAUUAUUAUUAUUAUUUGCAUUACACUUUAAAAAACUAAAAACUUAAUGGUCCUAAAAUGAUAAGAAGCAAAAUAUUUUAUUUUAUUCUAAUAUAUGACCAGGACAUAUUCUUGACAGGUAAUUAAUGAUUGUUUUUUUUGGUCCUACAACAGGCUUCAUUUCUUCAUUUCUUUAAGGGAAGUAUUUAAUUUUGUUUUGUUUUGGGGGUGAAAUAUGACCUGGACAUGUUCUUGACAGAUUUCAUAGAUUCAAAUUGAUAUAUACUGUAUGUUAUUGUAAGUGGAAGUUGGAAUAGUACGAAUGUUGUAUACUUACGGCCAUGCAGCACAUCACACAAUACUGUAAAUGUCAGAAUCUUCAGGUAUGUUGAGUUGUCACAGUCUAACCUAUGUCAGGACAGAUUGGUGCUGUAUAAUGAGAAUUUGGAUGGUUUUAAAGGUUUGUUGUUUCUUCUGAAGUGCUCGCGGCAAAACUUCCAUGAGCUGUUUUCUCAAAAUAUAACACCACGACUGCAGUUUAAUUUUAUACUUAGUUGGAACAUCAUUUUUUUAUUGAACCCAAUCAAACAUAUUGCCCUCUCAAGUUAUUUUCGGUCAAACAGUGAAGAUUAAAUAUUAUUGACAUCUUAAGGGGGAGAAAUCACCUCUUUUUUCUUCAUGGUGAUAUGGUAAUGGUUUGGGAUGUUGAUUGUGUUAUAGAGUUUUGUAUGAAGAACUUGUGUCUUACUGUAACUGCUGAUACCAUUGUAACCACCUGAUCUCUUUGCCUUUUUAGAAUGUAAAAACAAUGUUUAAACCCUUAUUUUGAAUCAACUGUAAAGACAUUGUGGAAAAAAAAAAAGAAAUUCAGCAAUUGCUUGUUUAUCACAAAUUUUGUUUCAACUUUCUUUUUUUAUAUAACUACACUGCACUCGUUAACACGCCUGUUGAUUCUGACAAUAACUGACAAAUGUGCUGUCAUACAUGGCUCGUUUAAACAUGUUUUAAUGAUACUGUUAUAUUUAAUGUUAAUGCAGUUUGUGACUGUUUUUAAGGGAUAGCAAUACAUUUCUAAAGGUAGAAACUGUUGACCCACCACUAAAAUGAGCAGAUAUAUACUAAAUAAUUAAUAUAAGCAAGGCCAGUUCUUACACUAGUAUUUUUAAGCACAUCUUUAGAUUUUUCAUUAUUUACACACAACCACCACACAAACAUUUUUACAGAUGUGGGUCUGUUUGCCAACCUUCUAAAUUUAUGGAUCUGAAUUCAUGCAGAAUGUUGCACUAUAUACUGAGCAACUCAGAGAAUGUUCUUUGACAUCCUGUAGAGAGCAAAGCUGUGUGAUGUAGCAUUCUGUCCAAAUGUAUGUUAUAUGCUAAUUUAUAGAGUUCUGUUUAUGUUGUAGAAGCUCCUUUAAUAAGGCCUUGUGUUAUCCAAAUAUCAGCACUAAUUUCUGCUUUUGCACAGCCGUGAGGUAUUGUGUGUGUUUGUGUGUGAGGGGUCCCGAUUGAUGUGGGCUCUGUCAUGUUCAGCACUGUGCAUGUACCGUUGAGAACGAUUGAAUGGCACCUAACCAAAUCCUGUAUCUGAAUAUGAAAUGCAAAACUGAACAUAUUUGUAACUCAGAUCCUUUUCAUUACAGAUUUUAGUGGUUCAUAAUUGCGAGUUAGUAAUUCUCAAGUGUAAUCUUUAGUGUUUAUUCCAUUGGUGCCCCGACUACAAAUAUCACAGUACAAUCAUUGAAUGUCUUGUUAAUAAAACGCAACAGUGCUUUUCAGGUGAAUCAGGGCCGAUGUUUUACCCCAAAAUAAAAAAGUAAGAAAUUCUAUCUUUUGCAUUAAGAAAAUUAAGACUAUUUUAGGUCUACUAAGUCAUGCCUUUGGAGCAAUGUUAGUCUCAUCAAUGGAAUCACUGAUGACAAAUGUUAGUUGACGAAAAACCUUUAUACGAAGACGAUGAGAAAGCCGCAUCAUGAUGAUUUGAAUAAAAAAAUACUGUUGAUGAAAAGAUAUUAACAAUGAACUAACAAUGUUUUUUUCAGAAUGAAUUCAAAUAAUCCAGUCAUAGUUUAUAAAUGCAUAUUUAUUUUGGGGUGAAUUAUGGCCUGUUUGACAGAUUUCAUGAGAUUCAAUCUUUCAGCACAGUAUCUGUAACAGCUUGGCAUUGUAGUAUAAAGUAAUUGCAUAUUUCUCAGUUGUGAUGCUUUGCAAUCACUUACUCUUUAUGGAAAUAUUCAAAUUAGUAUUUGCAUUAAUUAACUGCCUAAAACUGCAUGCUGUUUCUCCAUAGACCCUCGUCAUGAAACGAUGCAAUGAGCAAUUCUAAUGGAACUCUGUCCCAUGUGCACUACAUUUGUGUGUUUUUUCCUUGUAAAUGAUGGCAGCACUUUAAUUGCCUCACAGUUUGUGUGCAGAUUGGUGAAAUGUAUUGGAGUCCUUUAAAGCCAUGAGCUCCGAGCGCAGACAAUCAGAGGAAGAUUGUAUUUAGUUCAGUUGAGAUCCUGCAAACGCUUGACGUACUUUAGCUUAGCUUAAUCUCUGUAUACCUGAACUAUUAAGUGUCUUUCUCUAUGAUAUCUGAUGGAAUAUACUGUAUAUAUAUAUAUAUAUAUAUAUAUAUAUAUAUAGGCCAUGACUCUCACUUUUGAUUCGAGUGCUAAUGUUUGCCAAGCUUUGCCCAGUGUGGCAUUAAAUGUGUACUGCACUGCUUUGCAUUAAAAACAAGCCUAAUUUCAUUGAAAAAAGUAAUAAACAACUAAAUUGCCUGCUUUUUUUAUUGAAAUGAAAGCAAUUAUGUCUGCUGCAAAAUGUAACUGUCAUUUUUACAAAUAAAAUCUUUCAUUCCAGGUUUUUUGGACUCCUGCACCUCUACAAUAGAUUCAGGCUGACAUUGUGUUGUGGGUAAAGCUCAUUUCUCUAUAAAUGUCAAACUGAAAGGUCUGCUUUCUAAUAAAAUACCAUAUUUCAUGAAGUUAUUCUUUCACUCCAUUAUUAUGAACAGGUAUAAAAAUGAUUGUUAAUGAGAAUAGACUGGAAGUCAAGUUCACACAACUUCAAAUA